AUGGAGAAGGAAAAAUUGCUUGCAAGUAUGGAAAAUGGAGAACAUUCAGGGAAGAAUAUUGCGAAUCAGAAUGGAGAAAAUAUUCUGCAAACGAAAUGUGCUCAACGGAGAGAUAUUGAAGAUCUUUUACUAACCAAUCCGGAUUUGGUUCUGGAUUUGAAUGAUGAUGCAGAACAUGUUACCAAUGAAGUUUCAAAAAUUUCAAGACAAGAUAAUAUGAAUGAGGCCCAGGACAGGCAGGGUGGUGGUUUUAAUGGACAUGACAUGCAAGACCCGACA